CAUAAGGGUCAGACUCUGAUCUUCUCUUCGAAACAAACCAUCAGGCGCACUCUUCCUCGCUCCGCCAUCAACCCUAACCGACACUAACCCAUGCCAUCAGAGUUAGAGGCAUCAUCGCACCGCAGCUCACCAUGAAGCCCUAACCCACUGUCGAAGGUGCAUCAUCCUUCUUCCCAAAAUCGUUGUUGUGCCCUUCUUCCCGAAAUUGUCGCUGCGUCUUUCUUCCCGGCGUCGCUAAGUCUCUCCUCUUUGCGGCAUCGAUGCUUCUCCCCUCUCCGCGGCAUCACUGAUUCUCUGUUCUCUGCGGCGUCCUUGCUUCUUCUCUGUUUUGCUUUUGCUUUGCUGCUUCUCCUCUGUUCUGCUUCUCCUCUGUUCUGCUUCUACUUCGCUGCUUCUACCUUGCUACUUCUGCUUUACUGCCUUGGCUUAUUGUGGGUUGUGUUUCGCUGCUUCUACUUCACUGCCUUGGCCGUUUGUGGAUUGUCAUCUGUGUUUGUCUCUUUAAAACCAGAAAAAAGGAAUCAAAUAGUGCGUCUCUCUGUAGCUGCCGAUAUCUUAGACAUUGAGCUGCACUACAGAGACAAUAGUGAAGAAAACAUGAGGACUUACACAAUGCUUGAAGAUUCAUGCAAGACAGUUGGAAGAUAGAGAAGAAAUUACUCUAGAUAUUGAAGGAGAGGCAAUUGGUCCUACUGAUAAAGCUAUAAAAAAACUUGAGCAAAUAUUUGGACACAGUGGCAAGGAAUUCAGAUUUUUGUCCAUUAAUUUACGCAAACUGGAAGGGGAUUAAAGAUAAAGAAGCUAUUUGGGAAUAUGUUCAAGUUAAAUUCAUUAUUCCAAUUGAAGAAAAAAAGGAUAGUCCUUGCUCGUAUCAAUGACAACUGGAGAUGGUAUAAGACCACAAUCAAGCAAACUCAUUUUCUGCCAUACAAAUGUGUUAAUGAGAUGCCAAAAAAUCGUCCUAAAAGCAUACCUGAGAGUUAUUUUCGAAAGUUAAUUGCUUAUUGGAGAACUGAGAAAGUUAAGACACAUUUGCAAACUGAGAAUAAAAAGUCUAAAGAAUCAGCAAUUAGAGAUUUCCAAUCCAUAUUUGGAAAAGAGAAGGCAAGGAGAGUGCAAUGUCACAGAAGAGUUACCACACCAACUUUGUUAAAGAAAAAUAAAAUUGCCACCCUUAAGCAGCAACAUGCAGCUGAGAAAGCAACAUUAGAGGGUAAGGUUGAUGUGAUGCAAAAAGAAGUAGAUGAACUAAAAUCACUCGUUAAAAUGAUACUGCAACAAAAAAGCUCAAGAGUGGACCUUGAGAUAUUAGCUACUCAAUUAGGAAGCACUUUAGGCAAUCCGAACAAUGAUGCGCAUGAGGAAGUAUUAUUUGUUGUUAAAGUUUCUAUAUGUUAUCAUAUCUUAAAUAAUGGUUGAUUCAAUUGUUUUGUGUAUCCAAAUAGAAGAAUGUUAUGAUAUAUAUGUUUGUUCGCUCUCUCUCUCUCAAACAUUUUUAGUAAACAUUAUUAGUAUUAAA